GGCCCGGCGGGAAAGGGUGGGAACGACAGCCGUACCUGUAUGUGCGGUGAUGGGCCCGGCGGGAAAGGCUGGGAACGACAGCCGUAGUGCGGCGAGGGAUGGACCACCGCCACGCUGCCGCCAUCAAUCGAAACGGCGGAGCCCCGCCCUCGGGACGGAGUCUCCCAUGCCCCGGUGGCACCGUCUGGACGGGACACUCGUCACUACGCGCCACAAAAUACAGACUUCUUGAAGCCAGCUCUAGCAAAGAGGAGUUCCAUCUGUGCCAGCCAGCCCUAGUCUCCAGUGCUGGUCCCCCUGAUGGCACAUUGUACAAGCCUGUGAAACCUGCCAAGCUGGACGCCACAGCUUUGCACGACUGCACUUUGGCCGCCGCUGUGCCUCCCUCGGAGCUGUCGAACCAUGCAGUCCUAGCCUGCGACACAGGCAUUCACGAGGAGCACUAUGUGAGCGAAGGCGUGGAAGAUGAUGUGCCAGAUUGCAGAGAGUACAGAGAUGCCUGCACCAUUACUGAUGUGUGCAAUAGUACCAAUCUUCCUGAAGUUGAAAUCAUCAGUCUCCUGGAAGAGCAGCUGCCUCAUUAUAAGCUAAGAGCAGAUACAAUCUACGGUUAUGACCACGACGACUGGCUUCACACACCUCUCAUUUCCCCUGAUGCUAAUAUUGACUUAACAACUGAGCAAAUAGAAGAGACCUUGAAAUACUUCCUUUUAUGUGCUGAAAGAGUGGGCCAGAUGACUAAAACAUACAAUGACAUAGAUGCUGUAACACGUCUUCUUGAAGAGAAAGAACGGGACUUAGAAUUAGCUGCUCGGAUUGGCCAGUCGCUGUUAAAGAAGAAUAAAUCACUGACAGAAAGAAAUGAUUUCCUGGAGGAGCAAGUUGAACACAUCAGAGAAGAGGUUUCUCAGUUGCGGCACGAGCUGUCCAUGAAAGAUGAACUGCUCCAGUUCUAUACCAGUGCUGCUGAGGAAAGCGAACCGGAGUCCGUCUGUUCCACCCCGCUGAAGAGGAAUGAAUCUUCUUCCUCUGUCCAGAACUACUUUCAUUUGGACUCUCUUCAAAAGAAACUCAAGGACCUUGAAGAGGAAAAUGUUGUGCUUAGAUCUGAGGCCUGUCAGCUGAAGACUGAAACAAUUACUUAUGAAGAGAAAGAACAACAACUUGUCAAUGAUUGUGUAAAAGAGCUAAGGGAUGCAAACAUCCAGAUUGCCAAUAUAUCUGAAGAGCUAGCAAAGAAAACUGAAGAUGCUGCCCGGCAGCAAGAAGAAAUCACUCAUCUUCUCUCUCAAAUAGUCGACCUGCAGAAAAAGGCAAAAGCUUGUGCAGUUGAAAAUGAGGAACUUGUCCAGCAUCUGGGAGCAGCUAAAGAUGCCCAGAGACAGCUCACAGCAGAGUUGCGAGAGCUGGAAGACAAGUAUGCAGAGUGCAUGGAAAUGCUUCAUGAGGCUCAAGAAGAGUUGAAAAACCUUAGGAACAAGACAAUGCCAAAUGCUAUAUCACGUCGGUACCACUCCCUUGGUCUCUUCCCUAUGGAUUCUUUGGCAGCAGAAAUAGAAGGGUCAAUGAGGAAAGAACUGCAUUUAGAUGAACCUGACUCUCCUGACUUGGCCCAUCAGAAGCGGGUCUUCGAGACGGUGAGAAAUGUCAAUCAAGUUGUCAAGCAGAGAUCCAUGACUCCGUCACCAAUGAAUAUCCCAGGCUCUAACCAGUCCUCUGCCAUGAACUCUGUAAUUUCUAGCUGUGUCAGCACUCCACGUUCCAGUUUCUAUGGGGGAGACAUCUCUAACGUUAUGAUAGACAACAAGACCAAUAGCAUCAUCUUAGAGACAGAGUCCUCAGACAAUGGAAAUGAAGAUAGGCUGAAGAAACCUGGAACUCCAGGGACUCCAGGCUCCAGUGACCUAGAGACUGCCCUUCGUAGGCUCUCCCUCAGGCGGGAGAAUUACCUCUCAGAGCGCAAGUUCUUUGAGGAAGAGCAGGAAAGGAAGUUGCGGGAACUGGCAGAAAAGGGAGAACUCCACAGUGGUUCCGUUACCCCCACAGAGAGCAUCAUGUCACUGGGAACUCACUCCAGAUUUUCAGAAUUCACUGGAUAUUCAGGAAUGUCUAUCAGCAGUCGCUCCUACCUGCCAGAAAAGCUUCAGAUUGUGAAACCACUAGAAGGUUCUGCCACUUUGCACCACUGGCAGCAGCUGGCUCAGCCUCACUUGGGUGGGAUUCUGGACCCAAGGCCCGGGGUUGUCACAAAGGGCUUCAGGACCCUAGACCUGGAUCUGGAUGAAGUGUACUGCCUUAAUGACUAUGAGGAAGAUGAGACAGGUGACAUUUCUUACAAGGGCCUAACUACCUCGACGCCAGUUCAGCACACAGAGACCUCAGUACCUCAUCCUGGGAAGUGCAUGUCACAAACCAACUCCACCUUCACCUUCACCACCUGCCGCAUUCUGCACCCCUCCGAUGAACUCACACGAGUCACGCCAAGCCUUAACGCAGCACCUACUCCAGCUUGUGGCAGCAUUAGCAAUUUGAAAGGCACCCCAGUGGCUACUCCCUGCACUCCUCGGCGUCUGAGUUUGGCCGAAUCCUUCACCAACCUCCGGGAAUCCACCACGACAAUGAGCACAUCCCUGGGGCUGGUGUGGCUGCUGAAGGAAAGGGGCAUCUCGGCAGCAGUGUACAAUCCACAGAGCUGGGACAGAGCCAGCAGGAGCACCCUGCUGAACACAUACUCCCCAAAAAUGGCCAUCAUUCCUUCCACUCCACCAAACUCACCCAUGCAGACACCUUCUUCUUCCCCUCCGUCUUUUGAGUUCAAGUGCACCAGCCCACCUUAUGACAACUUCUUGGCUUCAAAGCCUGCUAGUUCAAUCUUGAAGGAGGUGAGGAAUAAAAAGAACAUCAGAAACAGUGAGAGCCAAACUGACGUGUCUGUUUCCAACCUUAAUCUCGUGGACAAAGUCAGAAGGUUUGGUAUUGCCAAAGUUGUGAGUUCAGGGCAAAUGUCAGCCCCUCCUUUAACUGAUGACCAGGGACCUCUUCUCUGUGGGGCACAGGGACCAGUGAGGGCCCUUGUUCCUGGAGGCCUGGCACCUGACGGUCUCCGCUUGGGCUGCCCUGCCGUGACCAGUGCCAUUGGAGGCAUCCAGCUGAACACUGGCAUCCGAAGGAAUCGGAGUUUCCCCACCAUGGUGGGUUCCAGCAUGCAGAUGAAAGGCCCAACAUCCCUCACUUCGGGCAUCCUCAUGGGAACCAAGCUCCCGAAGCAAACUAGCUUACGAUGAAGGACUUUAUUUUUACAGCUAGUCUUUUUAAAUGAAAAUACUCAGAUUCUUUCUCAAGUCUCCUUUUCCUUUCCCCACCACCCCUUCAUUGCCUCAUGAGUUCGACAAAUCAACUUCGUGCCUAACGGGAGAAAUGUGUAAACUUUGUAUAAAAUGUGUAAAUAUUUACCAGAUCUAUUGUAACUAAUUGGAUUAUUUUACUGUUCAAUCAAGUGCAAAAGGCUCUAUGUUAUGAUUGCUGUAUUAAGGUUAACUUGCUAACCUUUUGAAAAGGUUUUUUUUUUUAAGAUGCACUGAAAAAAAACAAAAGAGCAAAACCAACAAAAAAUAACUUGACUAGAAAAACGUGAAUUCUGUAGCUAGCCUAACUUGAGUCAAAGGUGCAUGGGAAGCUAUUGAAUGUGUUAUGUGAGACCUCUCAUUACAUCACUUGAAGCAUGGGAGCAUUUGUGCUGAAUUAAUACUGAAAAAAGCACUCAGUUUAACAUGUGGUAGUUUUAAUUUUGCCUCUGUAUAUGAGUUGAGCUGAGUUAUUAGAGUGCCUGGCUAUUAUGCCUGAAUGGAUGAAACCUUGUUUUCUUCUCCUGUUCCGUAUUUGCCUCGUCCCCAAGAUUGUAAACUUGAACUAAUACUGUGUUGAGGUCAGCAGGCCUACUGGGUACCUGGGAUAUUGACAUAUUCCUACCACUGCUGUUUCCUUUGGCACACUUACACUUUGUGCAACUUCUUUCUUUGUUGUUUUUUUGUUUUGUUUUGUUCUUCAAUGCUGCACUGGAUUGUGGAAGGGAAAAUGCUUUAUUAUGUGUUGCUGCCACUGAAACAUGCUUUGUCAGUGCGCCCAAAGAAAACAGUUUUCACGACUCGUGAGGUAAACGUGGCAGUGACUUCCUAGAAGUCCAAGUUGCGGAACAGAUCGACAGAUAAGAAUGUUAUAAAAGAACAUGUAGCAAAACCAGUAUUAGGAAAAGGUGAGUCCUUGAAACCUCAGCAGAGAACCACAGAAAACAUUUAGUAAUGGAAUGGUACAGGCAGGAAAGAACAGCUUGCAGCCCUCAUGCUGAUCUUCAUGUUUCAUGCAUGUCAGAGACAGUGGCCUUUUAAGCAGGGUGAGAAUAUUCUCCGCACAUUUUCUGUUUUCUUUUUUCAGAGAAGCCCUUUACAUCCAAAGUUGGACCCUAGCAUAGAUAAAAAUAGGGAAAUGCUUCAUUUUCGCAGUGUUUUUAGAGUGAGGGAAAUACCUGCCAUACAAAUAUAUAACCCCCUUUUUCAGAAGGAAACAUAAGACCUCACGCAACCUUUAGUUGCCAGGCAAUCCUAAUUAUAUUGCAAUUUUUUCUCUGUUUCUCCCAACCUUCUGCAGGGUGCUUGUAGAAAGAUUUGAAAUACCUUGGAACUGGAAUAGACUGGAGGGAGCUUGUUUCUAGAGCAGAGCUGAGACACAAAUUUUUUGGAAGAGGGGAUGGAGAGGAGCAAGGCAGGGAGGGUUUAGCAUCCAUGUUCUUUUCUUUGCACUUCUUGUGGCACCUAAAAUCAAGCUCCCUGUUUGUUAGCAUUGUCACACUACACGUAACUGCCGUGAAUUGCCAUUUGUACCAGACUGUUACUAAAUUAUUAGCACUGAUAAUUUCUUGUAUAAAUGAAUCUGUCUUUUAAUCUUUGUGACGAGAGAUAGGUGGGUGGUUUGGUUUUUUUCUGAAUGAAGUAGUUAUUGCAGUAGUGCUAUGGACACUAAGGAUAUUUUUUGAGAAAGAAAAAAAACCACAUUGGUCAGUUACAGCAUGUAUUUGAAGACUUCUGUUUAUUCUAUGAACUUACAAUGUUUUAGUAAAAUGCCAUCAGCUCUGUUUGCUGUUGUAUGUGUGCACAUAUUGCAAGUACAUUUAAGUAUCUUUUUAUUUGAAUGUAUCUUAAACCAGUAGAUAGAAUAACAGUUGAUUCUGAAAAAAAGUCAUGGACUUAAUGGACCAUUUUAUAUUCCCAGAGGAAGAAAGCAAUACCAUAAGAGAACUUAAAUUGUAGAAGUUAAUCAUGCAAUUGGGAAGUAUUAUUUAGCCUUUAAAUAAGCUGUAGGAGCUGUCCACCCACCAGAGAAAGCAAUUGUA